AUGAUUGCGCGAGCGGUCGCCGCUACACACUACUCGAACGCCGACGCUUUGAGCUCGCCGUCCUCCUCCUCCUCGUCCUCCUCCUCCUCCUCGCACUGUCCGACUGUCACCGACACGUACUCUGACACCACGUCAUCCAACGCGCACCGCAUUCGCACCAUCGCCUCCUCCGCCGCUGCCGCCGCCGCCAUGGCUUCCGUCUCGCCUUCUGCCGCUCCCCGCCGCCUGCCCGUCAUCUACGUCUCGCACGGCAGCCCAAUGAGCAUGACUCAGACCAAAGAGCCCUUCUACCAGGCCUUCCGCAAGGUCCGCAACGUCCUCGGGCUGCCCAAUGCCGACGCCAUCAAGGACGCUGUUCGCGCAAUCGUGGUUGUCUCGGCGCACUGGGAAUCGCACUCGAACGGAGUCCGAGUCACCGGAGGCGCAAACCCAGGGCUCAUCUACGACUUUGGCGGAUUCCCGCGUGAGCUGUACAACUGGAAGUACAAUGCACCAGGUGCGCCGGACGUGGCUGAGCAAGUCGCCCAGCUGCUGAACAAAUCGGGCGUCUCCGAGCUCGCGUGCACGGUCGACAACAGUCGUGGCUGGGACCACGGCGCAUGGGUGCCGCUUGACAUUAUGUUCCCAGAGGCCACCGUGCCCGUUGUGCAGCUGUCGUUGAACGGGAACCUGUCGCCCGACACGCACAUCAAGAUGGGCCGUGCACUCGCUCCGUUGCGCGAUCAGGGCAUCCUGAUCAUUGGCAGUGGAUCCGUCACGCACAACCUCGGAGACUUUGAUCCUUCAGGGAAGUCUGCCAAGGUCGCCGAAUGGGCCGCGUCCUUUGAGCAGUUUGUCGACACGAUCGUCACCUCGCCCGACUUGACGCAAGCCGAGCGCGAGUCGCAGCUCUCCGCCUUUGAAAAGCACCCAAAUGGGCGCCACGCUCACCCUCGAACGGAGCACUUUGUUCCCAUCUUUGUGGCGCUCGGUGCCAAUCUGCCCGACGACACGACCAACAAGCAAUCUCCGCCCGCCGUCCCAUUCUUCCGCGGCUUUGUCUUCCGCACUCUUUCGAUGACCUCGUAUGUCUUUGGUGCACCCCAACCCUGA